AUGGAGGCACGCUCACGCCCAGCCCUACCCUCACCCCCGCACCUAACUCUACCCUCAGCACGCUCACGCCCAACCGUACCCUCACCCCUCACCCCUGCACCUAACUCUACCCUCAGCACGCUCACGCCCAACCCUACCCUCAACCCCACACCCAACCAUACCUUCACCCUCACACCCAGCUCUAACAUCACCCCUAAACCCAACCCUAUCUUCACCCCGCCCACACCCAACCCUACCUUCACCCUCACACCCAGCCCUAACAUCACCCCUACACCCAACCCUAUCUUCACCCCGCCCACACCCAACCCUACCUUCACCCUCACACCCAGCCCUAACACCACCCCUACACCCAACCCUAUCUUCACCCCGCCCACACCCAACCCUACCUUCACCCACACACCCAACCCUAACAUCACCCCUAAACCCAACCCUAUCCUCACCCCGCCCACACCUAACCCUACCUUCACCCUCACACCCAGCCCUAACACCACCCCUACACCCAACCCUAUCCUAACCCCGCCCACACCCAACCCUACCUUCACCCUCACAACAAACUUAACCCUCGGCUCGCACACACCCAUCCCUACCCUCACCCGGCUCACAUUCAACCAAACCCUCACUUUGCACCCCCACCCCCACCUAACCCUACCCUUGCCAUAA